AUGUGGCUGCAUGGAGGUGUAUCACUUUCUCCAUCUACAUCUGGGGGACAUGAAACAAUGUCCACUCCAGUGGAUAUUACUGUUAAACAAAAUCUUGACACAUGUGGCACACAUGUCAAUUCUGAAACUGAAUCCGAAACUGAAAGAACAAUAACGCCUGAAGAGCUAGAUAAAGAUAGCACUUCAGUGGGAUUUAAUAAUGAACAAAAGCCGGAUACUUGCUCAGAUGUUCGGUCAGAAAUAAUGGAAAUAAUGGAAGCAACUCAAACUGAACAGACGAAAAUGUCAGAAGAAACUGACAGAGAGAGGACUUCAGCGGGGCCUAAUGUUGAACAAAAAGUAGCAGACACUGAAGAAACGAUAACACCUGAAGAACCUAACAGAGAUAGGACGGUGGGGCCUAAUGUUGAAGAAACAGUUGAAACUAGCCCGAGAGUCCAUUUCGAAACAGUAGCAAAAACUGUUACUGAAAAGACGAUAACACCAGAAGAGCUUAAUAAAAAGAGCUUCAUAGAGGAGGGAUUAAAUGAUGAACAUAAACCUAAUACUUGCACACAUGUCGAUUCAGAAAUAGUCGGUGAGACUGAAACUGGACAGACGAUAAUGUCAAAAGAGCUUGACAAAGAUAGGGCUCCGUUGGGGCUUGAUGUUGAUCAAACAACUGAUACUGGCACAGAUGUCCGUUCUGAAAUAAUGGUAAAAAAUGAGCGAACGAUAAUGCAAGAAGAUCUUGGUAAAGAUAGUGAUAUAGUCGUACCUAUUGAGGAAGGAAAUCUCGAUGAUGACAAACUAGCCCAUUUUGAAGAAAAUGAAGAACCUCAAGUUGCACAUGAGAUAGUUUCAGAAGAGCUUGAUAAAGAAGUAUGCACUCCUGUGGAGCGUAAUGAUGAACAAAAACCUGAUAUUAACAUACAUGUACAUCCUGAAAUAAUGGAAACAACUGUAACAACUGAACCGGCGAUAAUGGCAGAAAAACUUUACCAAGACAAGUCUUCAGAUGGGCCUAAUGUUAAACAGAGUUCUGAUACUGACACACAUGGCCAUUCUGGAACAGGUGUGGAAUCCAAAACUGAACAGAAGAUACUUUCAAAAAAACUUGAUAAGAAUAGUACCACCUCGGUGGGACGUAAUGAUGAACAAAAACCCAAUGCUGGCACAAAUGUGGUAGAAACUGAAACCGAACAAAUGAUCAUGUCAGAAGAGCUUGACAAAGACAGAGAACAAGAUUGGAUAUUUGAAAAGCCGAUGUGUUUAAUAUCAUCCAACAAUGGACUUCUUGAAGUUGUAGACGACACAGUGAGGGCGUUAGAGAAAAUUGAGAUGCCAUUAAAUGUUGUAGCUAUAGCGGGCCUUUACAGAACAGGUAAAUCCUACCUGAUGAAUCGAUUGGCUGGAAGAAACUCUGGGUUCAUGAUGGGUAGCUCAAUAGAUUCAUGUACUAAAGGUAUUUGGGCAUGGUGCAGACCACACCCUAAAAAGCAAAAUGAAGUAUUAUUGUUACUCGAUACUGAAGGUUUAGGAGAUGCUACAAAGGGUGAUAUUGACCAUGACAAUAAAAUAUUUACUCUGACUACUUUAAUCAGCAGCACGUUAGUAUACAAUGUGAUGUCAGCUUUUAAUCAAGAUGCAGUUGAGAAACUAACGUAUCCUUUUCUGCUUUGA